AGUAUAUGUGUUACGCACUCCUGCGCCGUUGCGGUUUCAUUCGUGAUGGGAGGGGUUGGGAGAAGGGGUGAUGCGCGAGAUCUGCCACCGAAUCCAAUCGUGUCAAAUCGUUGCUUGUAUUCUUCCGCUGGUGUCGGGGCGCUCGUGUGCCGAGCUCGACUCUCCGCUAACGUCGUGUAAUCGUCGGUGUUGGUCAUCCGGGAGAGAGGAGAGAACAAUCCUCGGUGGGGACAUUCCUUGAUCGAUCGUGAUCAUUGACAUUUCGACGCGCGACAAAAAGUUUCUCGUAACAGCGACGAUCUUCCAAACGAGGGGGAACCUCAUACGUGGGAACUAUUUCGAGAAAAAGGGGCGGCGUUGAUGGCGUCAGCCAUGAUGGGUGUCAGCGGCAAGUAGCGACGUUAUCUCGUACUUCGUCAGUUGAUUUCGCGCUUCGACGAAUUGAUGUUGAGUAUCUCAGUGAACAGAGAAGCGCACACGACGACCGGAAACAGUUUCGCGAGUAGAAAAGCACGGUUGUGGGUUGCGCGCUAACCACACACGGAGUUGAUCGAGCCACACGAGCGGGGACAGCGCGGCUGGGAACCUCUCCCUUUCUAUCUCUUUCCCUCUCUCCUCGGGACUCCGGAAAUAUCGUGGUGAAAAUGACGCAGCUACUACCUAUAAGGUUCCAGGAACACCUACAGCUUACAGCUGUAGGGAUUAACGCCAGUAAUGUCAGCUUUAAUACACUCACCAUGGAAUCUGAUAAAUUCAUUUGUGUUAGGGAAAAGGUUGGUGAUACUGCCCAGGUAGUCAUUAUCGAUAUGAAUGAUUCUGCCAAUCCUAUCAGAAGACCGAUAUCUGCUGAUUCUGCAAUUAUGAAUCCAGCUAGCAAAGUCAUUGCUCUGAAAGCUAUGAAGACGCUUCAAAUCUUUAACAUUGAGAUGAAGUCGAAGAUGAAAGCCCAUACAAUGACGGAAGACGUAGUCUUUUGGAAGUGGAUAUCACUGAAUACAUUGGCAUUAGUGACGGAGACUGCAGUGUAUCAUUGGUCCAUGGAGGGUGAUUCAACGCCAAAUAAAAUGUUUGAACGUCAUUCGUCGUUAAAUGGCUGUCAGAUUAUUAAUUACAGGACGGAUCCAAAGCAAACGUGGCUUCUAUUGAUUGGUAUUUCAGCACAACAUAACAGAGUAGUUGGCGCCAUGCAACUUUACUCGGUGGAACGAAAGUGUUCGCAGCCAAUCGAGGGACAUGCCGCCUCGUUCGCUCAGUUUAAGAUGGAAGGAAACGCGGAGCCCAGUAAUCUAUUCUGUUUUGCUGUUAGAACGGUACAGGGUGCGAAGCUUCACAUCAUCGAGGUGGGUCAGCCACCUGCUGGUAAUCAUCCGUUUCCUAAAAAAGCGGUAGACGUAUUCUUCCCACCUGAGGCUGGGAACGAUUUUCCUGUCGCCAUGCAAGUCAGUUCCAAAUACGAUGUCAUAUAUUUAAUUACGAAAUACGGUUAUAUACAUAUGUAUGAUAUCGAAUCCGCAACUUGUAUAUUUAUGAAUCGUAUCUCGGGAGAGACUAUCUUCGUCACUGCACCGCACGAAGCGUCCGGUGGUAUAAUAGGAGUAAAUCGGAAGGGUCAAGUCUUGUCUGUGUCUGUGGAUGAGGAAAAUAUAAUUCCGUAUAUCAACGGAGUGUUGCAGAAUUCCGAACUGGCGCUGAGAAUGGCUGUACGAAACAAUUUGUCAGGAGCAGAAGACUUGUUUGUAAGAAAAUUCAAUAUGCUCUUCCAAAACGGUCAAUACGCGGAGGCGGCAAAAGUCGCAGCUAAUGCACCAAAAGGAAUACUCAGAACACCCGCGACUAUCCAACGAUUUCAACAGGUCCCUACGACUCAAGGUCAAACAUCUCCUCUUCUACAAUACUUUGGCAUUCUUUUGGAUCAGGGACAGCUAAAUAAAUAUGAAUCACUAGAGUUGUGUCGACCAGUAUUAGUUCAAGGACGUAAACAGUUGCUGGAGAAAUGGUUGAAGGAAGAUAAGUUGGAAUGCAGCGAGGAAUUGGGGGAUCUGGUGAAACAGGCGGAUCCUACGUUAGCGCUUAGCGUUUAUUUAAGAGCCAAUGUUCCCAACAAGGUUAUCCAAUGCUUUGCAGAAACAGGACAAUUUCAGAAGAUUGUAUUGUAUGCGAAGAAAGUUUCAUAUACGCCCGAUUAUAUAUUCCUCCUACGAAAUGUCAUGAGGAUUAAUCCUGAUCAGGGUGUGGCAUUCGCGCAGAUGCUGGUUCAGGACGACGAACCAUUGGCUGACAUCAAUCAGAUCGUUGAUAUAUUUAUGGAACAAAACAUGGUGCAACAGUGCACGGCGUUCUUGUUGGAUGCGCUUAAAAACAAUCGACCGAGCGAGGGUGCCUUACAGACCCGUCUUUUAGAAAUGAAUUUAAUGUCUGCCCCGCAAGUGGCUGACGCUAUAUUGGGGAAUCAAAUGUUCACCCAUUAUGACAGAGCUCACGUUGCGCAGUUGUGCGAGAAGGCUGGCUUGUUGCAACGUGCUCUCGAACAUUAUACAGAUUUGUACGACAUUAAAAGAGCGGUGGUACAUACGCAUUUGCUGUCACCUGAUUGGCUUGUGGGUUUCUUUGGUACUCUAUCCGUAGAAGAUUCUCUCGAAUGUUUGAAGGCUAUGUUGACGGCCAAUAUAAGACAAAAUUUACAAAUCUGUAUCCAGAUCGCGACCAAGUAUCACGAGCAAUUGACGACCAAAGCUCUGAUAGAUCUCUUUGAGAGUUUUAAGUCUUACGAGGGCCUGUUUUACUUCUUGGGAUCUAUUGUGAACUUCAGUCAGGAUCAGGAGGUACAUUUCAAGUAUAUUCAAGCGGCAUGCAAGACAGGCCAGAUCAAGGAGGUGGAACGUAUAUGUCGGGAGAGUAACUGUUAUAAUCCGGAACGUGUAAAAAAUUUCCUGAAAGAAGCAAAACUGUCUGAUCAAUUGCCUUUGAUAAUAGUAUGCGAUCGAUUCGACUUUGUUCACGAUCUCGUUCUCUAUCUUUAUCGCAAUAACUUACAGAAAUACAUCGAGAUAUAUGUUCAGAAGGUAAAUCCAUCGCGUCUACCAGUGGUGGUCGGCGGUCUACUUGACGUUGAUUGUUCGGAAGAUAUCAUCAAGAAUCUGAUAUUAGUGGUGCGCGGGCAAUUCUCCACUGACGAACUAGUCGAAGAAGUGGAAAAGAGAAACCGACUCAAACUCUUGCUGCCGUGGUUGGAAUCUCGCGUUCAUGAGGGCUGCGUGGAGCCGGCUACGCACAACGCACUGGCCAAGAUUUACAUUGACAGCAACAAUAAUCCCGAGAGAUUUCUCAAGGAGAAUCAAUUCUAUGAUAGUAGAGUUGUUGGGAAAUAUUGUGAGAAGCGCGAUCCUCAUUUAGCUUGCAUCGCGUAUGAGCGUGGCCAGUGUGAUCGUGAGUUGAUAAGCGUGUGCAACGAGAACAGUCUGUUCAAGAGCGAGGCCAGAUAUUUGGUGAGACGUAGAGAUCCCGAUCUUUGGGCAGAAGUGCUAUUAGAGAGCAAUCCGUACAAGCGACCAUUGAUUGAUCAGGUCGUUCAAACAGCAUUAUCCGAGACGCAAGAUCCCGAAGAUAUAUCAGUUACUGUCAAGGCUUUCAUGACGGCUGAUUUACCUAAUGAGCUGAUCGAACUUCUCGAGAAGAUAGUAUUAGACAGUAGCGUAUUCAGUGAUCAUCGUAAUUUGCAGAAUCUCUUGAUAUUAACAGCCAUCAAAGCCGAUCGUACGCGCGUCAUGGAAUAUAUUAAUCGCUUGGAUAAUUACGAUGCUCCGGAUAUUGCCAACAUUGCUAUUAACAAUGAACUUUAUGAAGAAGCUUUCGCGAUUUUUAAAAAGUUUGACGUUAAUACAUCGGCUAUCCAGGUUUUAAUUGAACAAGUUGGCAACUUGGAUAGAGCUUACGAAUUUGCAGAAAGAUGCAAUGAGCCACCGGUAUGGUCGCAGCUCGCUAGGGCUCAGCUGCAGCAGGGUCUGGUUAAAGAAGCGAUCGAUAGCUUUAUCAAAGCGGACGAUCCAUCUGCGUACGUAGAUGUGGUAGAAACCGCACAUCGGACUUCACAUUGGGAAGACUUGGUCCGCUAUCUUCAAAUGGCCCGCAAGAAAGCACGCGAAUCCUUCAUCGAAAGCGAAUUGAUAUAUGCAUACGCGCGGACCAACAGGCUCGCGGAUCUCGAAGAGUUUAUAUCUGGUCCCAAUCAUGCCGACAUACAAAAAAUUGGCGAUAGGUGUUUCGAUGAUAAGAUGUAUGAUGCUGCGAAGCUUCUCUACAACAAUGUGUCGAACUUUGCGCGUUUAGCUAUAACGUUGGUCCAUCUGAAAGAAUUCCAAGGUGCCGUCGAUAGCGCGCGUAAGGCUAACUCGACGCGUACCUGGAAAGAAGUUUGUUUCGCUUGUGUGGACAGCGGCGAGUUUCGAUUAGCUCAAAUGUGCGGCCUGCACAUAGUCGUGCAUGCGGACGAACUCGAAGACUUGAUCAACUACUAUCAAGAUCGUGGACAUUUCGAAGAACUUAUUAAUCUUCUAGAAGCUGCUUUAGGACUCGAGCGGGCUCACAUGGGAAUGUUUACCGAAUUAGCUAUUCUCUAUAGUAAAUACAAGCCUCAACGAAUGAGGGAACAUUUGGAACUCUUUUGGUCUCGCGUUAAUAUACCAAAGGUGUUACGUGCAGCGGAACAAGCGCAUUUAUGGGCCGAAUUAGUGUUCCUGUAUGAUAAAUACGAGGAAUAUGACAACGCAGUCCUCGCGAUGAUGCAACACCCUACUGAAGCUUGGCGCGAGGGUCACUUUAAGGACGUAAUAACUAAAGUCGCAAACGUCGAGCUCUAUUAUAAAGCUAUACAGUUUUAUGUGGAAUAUAAACCCCUUCUUUUAAACGAUAUACUACUUGUACUUGCUCCGCGCAUGGAUCAUACUAGAUCAGUGGCAUAUUUUACGCGAACUGGCCAUCUGCAAUUGGUGAAACCAUACUUGAGAUCGGUUCAAGCUCUCAACAAUAAGGCUAUUAAUGAAGCUUUAAACGGCUUGCUGAUCGACGAAGAGGAUUAUCAGGGUCUCCGAACAUCGAUCGACGCGUUCGAUAAUUUUGAUAAUAUUGCGUUAGCGCAGCAACUCGAAAAGCAUGAAUUGAUCGAGUUUAGAAGAAUCGCCGCAUACCUGUACAAGGGAAACAACAGAUGGAAACAGUCCGUAGAGCUUUGCAAGAAGGAUCGACUAUUUAGGGAUGCCAUGGAAUAUGCGGCAGAAUCUCGGAAUCCAGAGGUUGCCGAAGAGUUACUCGAAUGGUUCUUGGAGAGAGGUUCUAAGGACUGCUUCGCAGCAUGCCUAUUUCAUUGUUACGAUUUACUUCAUCCAGAUGUCAUCUUGGAGCUUGCAUGGAGACAUCGUAUUUUACAUUUCGCGAUGCCGUAUCUUAUACAAGUCGCGCGGGAAUAUAUUACUAAGGUCGAUAAAUUAGAAGAAGCCGAAAGUCGACGCAUCGAAGAAACCGAUCAUCAAGAACAUAAGCCUAUGAUUAUGCCGGAACCUCAACUAAUGCUGACUGCAGGGCCAGGAAUGAUGGCACCCGGCUAUGCGCCUCCAAAUGUAUACGGUGCACCUGCACAAGUGUACGCAUCCACCGCAGCCUAUCAAGGUUACGGUAUGUGAAAUACAUUUAAGGGGACAGAUCAACAAAGUUUACUUUUCUAUAAGAUUUAGGUAGAAUGAGAUUGUUUUGUUAGCUUAAUAUCGUUAGAGCGAAUAUGAAUAUCAUUAGAAACGAUGAAGCCACGUUUAGAUCAUGAUAAUAGUGUAAUGAAUAGCGAAAUUCAUUGAGAAAAGACAUUAAUACGCACUAUCACACGCUACCUAAAUGUGAAUUUAUAGGAGGAACGUGUUCUUGAGCAAAUAAUUAUAUUUUACGAUUUAAAUAACUGUUUAAUACGAACUGCGUAAAAAACAUUAUUUAAAGAAUCAUAUUUAAAGAAUUUUAAAAGAAAAAAUUUUUUUCUAAUACCGAGAUUUUUUCGUUAAAUUUAAUCUUGUGUUUGCACAGUAAAAAGAUAUAUGCAUGUUAUACAAGCAGAAUAUAAUUUCCCUGUCUUUCUCGCACAUGUACGUGUGUGCGUCUAUGUGCCUUUCUUUUGACUACUAACAGGAAGCAAGCUUUUUUGAGCGAUAUCGUAAUUCCAAAGCAAAAUCAACUGUAGAUCACGAUUAAAUUUUAGCACAAAUUACCCGAUGCUUGCUUUUCGACGAAAUUUUUUUCAAUUUUUUUCGCCAUUAUAUUUUGGAAAUCAAUUUUUUUCUCAACUUCCGAAAAAUGUAAUACAUUUUCAAAUCCUAGCGUGUGAUGAACCAUAAUGAAAUUAAAAAGCCCUCGCAAAAUGUAAUAAAAAUAUCUUUUAAAUCAGAGUAGAUCGUGUAUCGUUAUAUCAGUAUUGUAACGAGAGAGCUUUACGGGGGAAAAAAAAAAAAAAAACACUAUAAACAGAAUAUGUUGACGACGUAUCUAUGAUAACAUACAUUGUUCUAGAUCUACUUGUGUGUACAUUUGCUUGAACAUAAUACGACGAUAUAUGUUCGCUGAGUUAGCUUGAUUUACAUAAAAAAAAUAGAAUGAAACGUAAAAUAAAUUAUAGAUAAUGAAAUUCAUGUCAAGAUCUUAUUGUCUCAUUAAUGUACAGAAAUGCAUAAAAGUUUUCUUUUUGCCGAAUGUGCAUCACAUAUCAUGCUUUUCUUUCGUUAUUCAUCGCGCAAGAGUAUAAUUACACACAACUAGAGUCGAGAAAUACAUACAGAUAAUUUGAUAACAAAGUCCAAUACGAUCGUCACUGUCACAUCGUUCAUACCUUAUAAAAUGUAUUUUAAUAUUUCCUACUCGUUUCACAUUAACGUGUGCAUAGUACUCUGUUCGAAAUCAAUUGUUGAUCAUUACAUAACUUGUUAUAAAUUAUGCAAAUUAUACAAGCAUUAAGAUAAAUUAGAUCGCAAUAUUUCUAAAAGAUGAAAAAGUCAGAUUUCGUUAAACACUUAUGUUUGUUUCUUCCUUUUUGAGAUACUUAUGUCGCGUGUGUAUGAAAUACUACGUCGAUGCAUCAGGAUCAAUAUGUACAAGGUACAACAGACAACCAAGAAAAACAGAUAUUAAUUUUGUAAUACGUUUACAUUACUUUUAACAUUCCUAAAUGUAAGCUAUUGUUGCGUAAAUUUUUUAUAUCACUUUGUGUGAUAUCUCGUUUUUCUUUUACAUGUCAAAAUAUAACGGAUAUAAUAUACAGUCUUUUUUAAGUUCAAAGAGCGCGAAAAGCAAAAGUUUAUACUGAUGAUAAGAUCGCGUUACUUUUUGCUAUGCCCAAGUAAGAAAAAAUUCGUGUUACAUAAUGAUAAAAAAACGAACGCGUGAUGUUCGUCUCGUUUUCUAUCCGCGCGAUGCUUUUGUUUUUGGUACUCCACAGUUGAUCUUGCAGUGAUCCAGCUGUAUAUAUUACAUAUUGAAAAUGUUAUGUGAGUGUGUCGAGAAAUAGGAGAAGGUCAGGUAUAAUAUGUCCUGGUAUUAUUUCACUUUGAUCUAAACUUAGCCAAUGAAAUUGUAGAGAUUGAUUAACAAAUAUAGUUGUUGUACUAAUUGAAAAUUAUCAUUGUAUCAGUGUCAUGUUUGAUCACUGCGGUUUUAAUGGAACAUGAGUGAAGACACUUCCAAAAUGAAUAUAUUAUUGUUCAAUAAUUAUGCACACCUCUCCAUAUAAAGACACGACACAAAAAAAGAGAUUUACACAUAUACAUACAUUAUAUAUAAAUAUAAUGCUAUAUUAUAUAUACGACUAAAAUACUGUACCAUGUAAGUAGUAAAUAUACAUUACCAAUCCUGUAA